UUCCUUUCUCUUCGGGUGCACUCGGCGACGUUCACCGGUUGCGGACUUCGGACUGCGCCUGGAUUGGGAUGGACCUCCGGAGGUGUGCGCGUCCCCGGGGUGCCAGGAGACAUCUGCAAGCUUAGGCCCCACGGUCACUGCGGUCCAAGAGCGCCUCAUGUGUGGGGCUUCCUCCUCUGUGUGCUCUUCCCCACCUCCCCUCAUCCUCCCAGCUUCAGUGGGAUGUCCCAGGUGUGUCUCCUCUUGGCCUUGCUCAUGCUCUGCAGCUGCACAAAGGUGUCUUCUACAACAUCCCUGGAGCGUUUGAAGGUCCAGUGGAGCAGCUACAAGAACCAGUGUUUAGACUUCUUGAACGCUGCAGCUCCCACAACAGGGACGGUUUGUAACAGGACCUUUGACGAGUAUGCCUGCUGGCCCGACGGAAUCCCUGGAACCACAGUCAAUGUCUCUUGCCCUUGGUUCUUGCCAUGGCAUGAUAAAGUCCAGCAGGGUUUGGUCUACAGAUUCUGCAGUGGGGAUGGAAGAUGGGCCCAGAAGAAUACCAGUGAAUGUGAGGAUGACCCUGGCCAGCAGCAAUAUGGCCGCAUUCUCAGUAAGUUUCGGAUCAUGUAUACAGUGGGAUACUCACUGUCUCUGGGAGCUCUGCUGCUGGCUCUGGGAAUCCUUAUCAGCUUCAGGAAGCUGCACUGCAUGAGGAACAGCAUCCACAUGAACUUGUUUGCUUCCUUCAUCAUGAGAGCUGCGUCCAUUCUGGUCAAAGAUGCCCUGCUGACCCUCACGCUGGACCCCAGGAGCAGAGUUGAAGCUCGGGCUCAAAAAUGGAUCAAUAUACCGGUUGUGAUUUGGUGCCGGGGCGCCAUGGUGAUGAUGCAGUACACCGUGAUUGCCAACAACUAUUGGCUGUUGGUGGAAGGCAUCUACCUGCACAGCCUGCUCAUCAUCAAUGUGUUCAGUGAGAAGAAGUACUUUUACAUUUACAUGGCCAUCGGGUGGGGUGCACCACUUGUAUUUGUUACCCCCUGGAUCACAGUGAAGUACCUCUACGAAAAUGAGGAGUGCUGGGAGAGGAAUGUAAACAUGGGAUACUGGUGGAUAAUCCGUUCCCCAAUCUUGGCUGCUUACCUGAUAAAUUUUUUCAUUUUCAUACGUAUCAUCAAAAUUUUGAUGUCUAAACUCAGAGCCCAUCAGAUGAGAUACACAGACUACAAAUUCAGAUUAGCAAAAUCAACGUUGACUCUAAUUCCUCUGCUGGGGAUUCACGCGAUUCUUUUCACCUUUGUCAUCGACGAGUCUGUGCCAAAAGGUUCCAUGCUGCGCCUGAUACGACUCUUCUGUGACCUCCUGUUCAAUUCAUUCCAGGGGCUGCUUGUUGCCAUCUUGUACUGCUUUGUCAACAAAGAGGUGCAGUCAGAGAUGCUGAAAAAGUGGAAGCGGUGGAAGUUGGGUCAGGACAUUGACGAGGAGUACCGCCACACCCACAGCCAGACGCCACACAUCAAAAGCGGCAGCAUCGCCACAGGAAACCUGCCUGAUCUCCAGGAAAACAACCCCAGUGACCCCAGUCGGGGAUCACGGGGGGAUACGCCAGAACACAGAAAAGCUGGAACAGGCUCAUCCAGCUCCCCCGCGCCUCAUGAAACCCACCAUUUGUUUGUGUCCCACAGCAACGGAAUCGGGAAUGUCAACAAACACACCUUUCACCUCUCCUUCUUGUCACAGCGAGCCUCCACCAGUCACGAAAACACCGCCUCAGAGGAUGCGUGUCUGGAAGAGAUGGUGCACUCUGACCCAAUGGAAGGAGAAGAAACUGAUAUCUGAGUCCUCCAUCAAUGUGUCAAUGCUUUUAACCUGUUUAAAGGAACAUUUCAUGACUUGACGGGGGCUUGAGCACAACAACCACAAAAAAGACCAGACAUCUGAAUGAAAUAAUGACAGUACAAUUUAACAAAAGUCACGUGCUGUGAUUGUGUUUGUGACUGUGUACUUUUAACGUUGUUGCGAAGUAUGUUUCUGCUGUUUUAAUGGGUGCACAUUUGUGGUACUGUCCAAGAUGACUCAUUGAGUUUCAAUGCCUUUAAAAAAUAAAAACAUGUACAGUAUAUCUUAUAGAACUGAAUGUGAACUGCAUCAUGCAUCACCUGAAAGCAUCUUCAUUUUAAAGACCUUAAAAACAAUGUAACAAAUUGUUAUCUUGUGUUAUGAUAGAUUGAUGCUGCUUUGGCUCACCGUCAUCACCCUAUUCUGCCAUCCCUCACAUUUUGACCUCUAUAUUUUCGAAAAAGGAUGCAUGCACCUACGCACAUAAUCAUACAGUAUGUGUAUUUUGUGUACACAAAGGUUCUUGCACAAUGACAUCUGUAAAGGGAAGGUGAUACAUUUUGUUACUGCUGCAUUUGCAGUUCUUUUGAAAGAGUAGCACAGUCCCCGACUUGAUCUUUUUUAACAGGUUAUUAGAUUUUCUCCUUCCACUGAAGGAGAAUGUGCCACACAUCAUGUAGCCAAUUUCUUCCUUUGUUGCUUUAUUAAAGUGCGUAACAAUGUUAUUUAUCUUACGUUUUUGUUUGAUGAAUUUGUUGCACUGGAGUGUGACAAAAUAGAAUUUAUACUGCAAAUGUACUGUUGGUAAAAUAGAAUAUGAAGAAAUGCAGGUCAAUUGAAUUAAAAUCCCCAAAAUAUUUAUUAUCAAAAGGACAGGUGAGGGUCGAGACUAAUGGCAAAACAGGAGCAAGUAGUACAAGAAAGUCAAUUCUUGUGUUGUGAUAUGUCUGUUUGAAUGCAAUUAAAGAA